GUCCCCAGGUGCUCUGGCCUCCCCAGUUCGACUCAGCACCCAGCUAGGCCCGAGGUGUCUCCCUCCAGGUGCCAGGGCAUCGUCUGCAUACGCAAUCAUUGCAUGUGCACCCGUGGGCACUUAACCUGCUCUGCGUCUCCCAGGCGAUGGAGGCUGGCAGCCCCGCGCUCCUAGAUACGCUCUUUGAGCAGGGGGAACUGCAUCCUGGUGCCAUGCUGCCUGGCCCAGCCCCCUUCCCUGCCUUGGACCCAGGUCCCAGGGGCUCCGAGAAAGCGCUGGAGGAGUGGGCAGCCAAAGGAGACCAGAGGCUGAACAAGAGCGAGCCUGAGGAUGUGCUGGGGCUGCUCAUCAACCCCAAUGCCGUGUACCAUGUGGGCAGUGCCUCGGGCUCCCCAGACAGCGACAGUGGCAUCUCGGACAUGCCCCCCACCGGCAGCCCCCCGCAUGCCAUGGCCCACCAGCCCCAGGGCCCCCCGCCUGCCAUCUACCAGUUGGUCUGUGACAUCGGGGGGCUGGAGAGUGAGCCCCUCCGCACCAACAUCUCCAUUCAGCUGGAUGACUGGUCAUCCCCAAUGCUGAUCCCAGAUACCUGCAUCAUGGAGGAGCUGACUCCCAUGCCCGCAUUGGACUCAGCUGGGCCUGGCACAGUUCCUGGGCUGGGCAGUACCAGGGACAUGCAGGUGCCCGAGGUCCUGCAGCUGCAGUUCCCAGAUCUGCUCCUGACAGAGGAGGAGAGGCGGCUGCUGACACAGGAGGGGGUAUCGCUGCCCAGCGGCCUACCCCUCACCAAGGCAGAGGAGCGGAUCCUGAAGAAGGUGAGGAGAAAGAUCCGCAACAAGCAGUCAGCCCAGGACAGCCGGCGGCGGAAGAAGGAGUAUAUUGACGGACUGGAGGGCAGGGCGGCUGCCUGCUCAGCCCAGAACCAGGAGCUGCGGAAGAAGGUGCAGGAGCUGGAGAGACACAACGGGGCCCUGCUAAGCCAGCUGCAGAAGCUGCAAGCGCUGAUCAAGCAGACGUCCAACAAGGCAGCUCAGACCAGCACCUGCAUCCUGAUCCUGCUCUUCUCCUUGGGACUCAUCGCCUUCCCCAGCUAUAGCCUUUUCCACGGUGGGAGGCAGGCAGGCGAGGCCUACAAGCCCAGGGGAGUGAUCUCCAGGAACAUCCUAGCCCAGGCAGACCACUCGGCCCCGGUGGAGGAGGUGCCUGAGCCACCCCGCAGUGAGCAGCCAGCGCUGGAGGGGGCAGCUGGGAACCCCAGCCUAGGACAAGAGGUCUCCAACAUGUCCAACCCGGCCCCACCUGCAGACCCCCGGGCUCAGGCCUGGUUGCGGCAGGCGCUCCCUGCGGGGCUGCCCCAUGCCAAUGAGAUGUGA